AUGGCCAGCCCCUUGGGUGCUUCAGGCCAGUUCGCCUCUGAGUCUGCAAGAGACUACAACGACGCCCUCAUCUUGAGCAGUUCCGAGAGUUCACAGUCGUUCCACAGUGAUGACAACCAACACGAAUCCGACCAGAACGACCUCAGCGGCCAGGACGAAGAUGACCAACACCAUCCGAUAUGCCCCUGGCGAACCUCUCGAUUUCAUCACCAAGAAUGCUCGCGAUAUUUCGACUGUCCAUCACACUCCAUAGAGCGGAGCUUAUCGGAAAACGGCUCAGUAGAUCAAGAAUCCAUCCACAGUUCCCGUUCGCACGAGAGACUUCACCCCAAUAACGAACAGGACCAGCCUAGUGAACCAACGGCUCGCUUCUCAGAUCAAGAGCUUGCGCAAGUCGGCAUCAACAGAGAAAAUGCGCAAACGACAUCCACCAACGAAACGGACGAUGACAGAGAUGCCGCCUCUGCUACAAGCGACCCUUCGACAAAUGUAGACGAUGUUUCAGGCUCACCACUGGCUCAGGACCCGGAGUCUUCGCCAGACACACCACAGGCCGCAAACUCAACCGACAUUAGGAGCAGCUCACACAAUAGGCGGUCUGAACCCGAGUCACCAAGUGCUACUUCCGACCGCCCGCAGCAUAGACACAGGCCUAGUCGCGGCACAAGCGGCACAAGCCCAACAUCUUCGCAAAGACCUCAACGAACACACGCGACCCCGUCUCGUGAAAGGAUGGAUGCACCUUUGCCAUCGCUCAGACCCUUGGAGGAGGCCCUUCCUCCACUCCCACGUUCUGCUCAUCCCUCGAUAUCUCUAGACCCGCAACGACCUAGGUGGCAGCCCGACAAUGAAGUCACAUACUGCCCUAUCUGCCAUACACAAUUUAGCUUCUUCGUACGAAAGCAUCACUGCAGGAAAUGCGGAAGAGUCGUAUGCAAUGCCUGUUCGCCGCAUAGGAUCAUCAUUCCACACCAGUAUAUCGUCCGACCACCUGGCACCGAGAUGAUGGUCAACCAUGAUCUGCUCGUCGACGCACUGGGAGCUGGAUACUUCGACAUAAACGAUAUGUCAGGAGGUGAACGGGUGAGGCUUUGUAACCCAUGCGUUCCCGACCCGAACACAGCGCCACCGCAGAGUCCGAGUCAGCAAGCGACCCUAUCGCCAAGAUCUUCUCAUCAUAGAUCACGGAGCAGUAUUGGGAAUGCCUAUGGGACAUUACAGUCGUCCAAUAGGCAUGGUGCAGUUUUUGCUCCAGGCACCAGUGGUGAUCCAUAUCGAUACCUCACUCCAAGGAUGAGGAGCGUAACAAUGGGAUCAACCUCAGGUGGUUCUUCUCCCGGAAUUUCACAAAGAAGACGUACUAGUACUCAUCAGACACCUGUUGAGCGUCUUCUCUCAGGGGCACAAGCUGCCUCACCAUCUUCUUAUCCAGAGCGAUAUAGCUCAUUGGGAGAGUCAUCAAGACAACGGGCAUUGCCGCCCACUCCUCAGAUUGCCGAGGAAGACGAGUGUCCUAUUUGUCAUCGAGAGUUACCUUCACAGAGUUUACCAAACGCUGAAGAUCUUCGCGAGGCUCACAUCACGACGUGCAUCCAGACGCACAGCACGUAUGGCACACCCCGCGGCGGGGAAGGUGGAGCACCAGUUGCACCCCGGCGGACUGGCAUGUAUACGUACAUAGCCACGGAGAAGGAUUGCAUCGACGAUGCGGAGUGCACCAUUUGUCUCGAGGAGUUCACUGUAGGAGUUGCCAUGGCGCGGUUGGAAUGUUUGUGUCGUUUCCAUCGAGCGUGCAUCUCGUCAUGGUUUGUCAAGCACCCAGGACGAUGUCCUGUGCACCAACAUGACGGGUUUGGGUAUUAA